UCCUCCGCAGUAUUCCCCGCAAUAUUCCCCGCAAUAUUCCCCGCAGUAUUCCCCGCAGUAUUCCCCGCAGUAUCCCGGCUCCCAGCCCUUCCCAGGCUGCCUGCAGAAGUUUCCCGGGAGCUGCAGGCGGAUUCCUGCGGGAUCCAAUGCUGAGCGCUGCAGGGAGCGGGAUGCAAACAUUCCCGGUUAAUGGUUAACCUGCUCCGGGAUAAGGGACACGGCUCUGCUGAAGGACAAUGACACCCUGCAAUUCUCUUUAUUAUUAUUAUUAUGCUGCCGUCUCCUGGCUAACUCUGGACGAGUGGCAUCCCUGCUCUCCUGCUUUCUGCACAGCAUCCAAAGGUUGACAAGGACUUGAUUUGCUGCAGCUUUUUGUUCAGAUGGAUGGAACGCUCCCAUCGAGGUUGUUUACCCAGUGAAUGGAUCCCUGAGGAGCUCAAAGGCAAGAACACUCUCCUGGGAGCUGAUUUCCUCAUGUUUUUCUUGGAGCUGCUGAAAGAACAUCCCAGGAAAAUGGACGAGCCCUCCACCUAACACAGAGCUCUCCUUUUGGGAAUGCUCAGUGGAAAAGAGGCACCAUUCCAGCAUGAAAUCCAGUGCUUACCAGUGAGGACCAAAGGAUAAAUACAUUCCUUCCCAACAGCCCAAGAAAAUCUCAAAAAGGAAUUUUGAUACCAAGUGCUUCAAGGAUAAAGACUUCAUGUAAUUGCUGUGGGAUUCAGGACUGGCUGCACUCUCAUUCCUCUGAGUGUUCAACAAGAACUUCAAGUUUCCCAGGCCUUGAGGAAAUCUCAGCAGCAGCUGCUCCUCAGCACUCAGAGCUCACUUCUUCCCUGGGGCUCACCCAGCACCUCUGAGCACAGGAAACUCCCACCUGAGGAGCUGAGCCCCCCUUGGUCAAGCAGUGAAGAAUUCAAAGCCAUUUUGGGUUCUUUUGGAGAUCAUUUUGUCCUGGAAAUGCAGAAUUCCUGCCUCAGGGCUCUGCAUUCCCAGGGGCUGAGUGCUCUCAGUAUGGGCACACUCAGUUCCUCCUGGUAGUAAACCCAACAUUUAUAAAUGCAGCACUAACACGGCAUCUAUUUAAAAAAAAGAAACAGAAAAGUUCUCUCCCUCUAUCUCACUUUUCCUUUCAGAUGAUCUGAAUGUUUAAUUGGACUAUGAUAAGAAGACAGGAUCUGGAAAUAAAAGAUGAACCCACUUCAUGCAAAGAAAUCAAAAUUUUUAUUGUGUGUUGCUGUCUGUAUGUUCAUCUACACCUUCAUCUACCUAAAGGUUCCACUUUAUGACGAGUCAAAUGACCAAAAAUUCCGUGUCAGGAGAGCAGAGUGUGGUUAUUACCCGGAUGAAAUCUGCUCAGCUCUUUUUGUGGGGAAACCUGCAGCCUCUAAAAUUGGAAACUUUUGUCAGAAGUCCUACCAGCCCAAAGCCCUCAGCUGCAUUCAGAGUUCCUGCAGCUGCUCCACAGUCCUGAAGACUCUGCAUUUUAUCACCAGACCGCUGUCAGAGGAAGAAGGAAAUUUCUCCUUGGCGUACAUUAUUACAAUUCACAAGGAGCUGGAAAUGUUUGUGAGGCUGCUAAGAGCUAUUUAUAUGCCUCAGAAUAUUUACUGCAUCCACAUUGAUGAAAAGUCACCCAGAGAUUAUAAAACUGCUGUACAGAACAUCGUUAACUGCUUUGAAAAUAUUUUUAUUUCCUCCAAAAGAGAACACGUUGUUUAUGCAGGGUUUUCAAGAUUACAAGCUGAUAUUAAUUGCAUGAGAGACCUCGUUAACUCCAAAGUUCAGUGGAAUUAUGUUAUUAAUCUGUGUGGUCAAGAUUACCCCCUGAAAACAAAUAAAGAAAUCAUACAAUACAUAAAAAGUAAGUGGAAUGGGAAAAACAUCACUCCUGGGAUAGUGCAACCCCUUCAUGUGAAGCACAGGACAGAGGUCAGCUACAGGGAGUACGUCCAUUCUGGGGUGCCCUACGUGUACCCAGCAAAGAUCAGGAAAGCUCAGCCUCCACAUAACCUCACCAUCUAUUUUGGCAGUGCCUAUUACAUCCUCACUAAGGACUUUGUGGAGUUCACGCUGAGCGAUGCCCGCGCCAAAGCUCUGCUGGAGUGGUCGAGGGACACCUACAGCCCUGAUGAGCACUACUGGGUCACCCUCAAUCGUUUACCUGAUGCUCCAGGGGCUACACCCAAUGCAGGCUGGCAAGGAGACCUAAGAGCCAUUAAAUGGAAAGAUCAAGAAGGACUCUCACACAAAGGCUGCAAAGGUCAUUAUGUCAGAGACAUCUGCAUUUACGGCCUGGGGGACCUGCAGUGGAUUAUUGAGUCCCCUCAUCUGUUUGCCAACAAGUUUGAGGCUGCUGGGAACCCGCUGGCGCUGGAGUGCCUGGAGAGGCGGCUGCGGCUCAAGGUGCUGCGCCAGGCUCAGGUGCCCAUCGAGCAGCACUGGCGCCUGCAGGAGCGCAGCCACUUCAACAUGCAGCUGGAUGUGUGAGCUCAGCCCUCUCCUCGCAAAACUGCAGCAUCCUGCCACAGAAAAAUGACAUUUACAGCCACGGCCUUUGCUCAGUGCAUCGAGGGGAAAGCACAAUCCUGUACUCCCUGAAUAAUCGGGGGUUAUUUAUUCCGGCAGCGAGGGGUUAAUUCCCAAAGAAUGUCUGAAUCUCUGCUGAAGACAAGGGGGGAAGUUCAUAAUCCAUUAAGUGACUUAUUUAGCUGGAAAAGUCAAUAUUCCUCAUGUUCACAGCCAAAGCAUGACUAACUGGCAUGAAAAUAAUAAAAUGGAAGCAGUGACUGAACAAAGAUAAAGUAUGAAGAAAUAACAAAUUAAAGUCAUGACCACUGAAUGUCUCAGGAAAUGUUUUGAGUAAUGAAGUUGAUGCUAAAAUUUCAGAGCUUGUACGUAAGUGACGAGCAGUUUGUGACACAGUUCAUGCCACUGGGGGAUGUGGGUUUGUUUUUAUUUCCCAGGGCCAGCUGCAUCCCUAAUUUCAUUUUGUAGCAUGGCAACAUCACUGUGGUCCUUCCCAGGCUUUGCUCCUAAUAACAGAAGGAUCCUGCAACACGUUUACCUCCAAGUCUCUGCUCUGAGUCUCUGCAGGAGUUUAGGGCAAGGAUACAGGGAAAAUUUGAAGGCAGGGAUUACAGGAAAACUGAACAAAAACCCAUUUUUCAAACAUUUUUCUAUCCCGGUGUACCUGACUGAGAGAAGCAAAGAGGCUGCAGCAAGUGCAGUAACACCUGGCAGGAAUCAGGAUGAUUCACUUGAUUAAAAACUGCAAAUUAUAAAUAAAAAUUAAAUAAAUAAUUU